AAGAGUUCACGGAUUUAUUCUUUAUUUAGUGAAAGAAAAAAGAAUUAUUUAGGUUGAUUAUUUUUUUAUGCUUAGAAUGAAAUGCAUAUUAAACUAAAAAAGAUAAUUAUGGAAUAAUGUAUCUACUUUUACAAAGUUAUAAGCUAGCUUCCUGUGUGCUACAUACAUUACUUUCUCGGUUGACAAAUGCUCAAAUCCAAAUGUAAACAAACACAUGGCAAUGGCGAGUUUUCGAUCUCUGAAGGGCCUUGUCUCCCUAGUGACAGGAGGAGCUUCUGGAUUAGGAAAAGCCACCGUUGAACGAUUAAUUGAGCAAGGUGGAAAAGUUGUGCUAUGCGAUCUCCCUACUUCAAAGGGUGACGAGGUUGCAAAAGAAUUAGGAGAUCAAUGCAUAUUUUCACCAACUGAUGUUAGUUCUGAAAGUGACAUCCAAAAAUCAUUAAAUAUUGUUAAAGACAAAUUUGAGAAGCUUGAUGUUGUUGUCAACUGUGCUGGUGUUAGCAUUGCAUUCAAAAUUUUUAAUUUUCUGAAAGAUCGUGCUCAAAAACUGUCAGACAUGGAAAAAAUAAUAGAGGUUAAUGUUGGUGGUACGUUUAAUGUCAACAGGUUAGCUGUAGAAAUGAUAGCAAAAAAUACUCCUGAUGCUGACGGACAGAGAGGAGUGAUAAUCAACACAUCUGGUAUUUCUGCAUUUGAAGGACUUGUUGGCCAAACAUCAUUUGCUGCUAGUUGCCAUGCUAUUACCUCAAUGACUCUUCCUAUGGCUAGAGAUCUGGCUCCUGAAGGUAUACGCUGUAAUACGAUAGCUCCGGGCUAUAUGGCAACUGCUUUAAACAGUACUCUACCUCCUGAAGUUGUAAAUUUCAUAGCCGAUGCUACACCUUUCCCAAAAAGGUUUGGAUAUCCUGAAGAAUUUGCACACUUAGUUCAAUGUAUAAUAGAAAAUUCAAUGUUGAAUGGUGAAGUAAUAAGAUUAGAUGGUGGAACUAGGUUUAAUAUAUAGAAUUUAAUAAUGUUAUCAAUUUCAUAUAGUAUUUUUUUUCAAUUAGCAUAUUAAAAUAUCAUACCUUGAAUCAUUAAAGUGUGUUGUUGGUGUUUUA